AUGCUAAGAAAUCUAAAUAAAACAUUAUUCCUUCAGAGGAAUUUGGUGAUUAGAUCCUCACAACCAUCAUCAUCAUCAUCAACUAUUAGUCGACAUCUCAGCUGCAGCAGUAACAAUAAUGAUAAUAAUAGUUUUAUAAAUAAAUAUAGUGAAAAUAGUAAAAGAACAUAUACAACUUCUACUACUACAACUACAACUCCUACCACCUCAGAGAUUACAAGUGAAACUAUUCAUAAAUCGAUUAAGGAUGACCAUAUUGUUAAGGAAGGUCCAUUGGCGAAAUACGAUCAGAUGAUCAAAGACAAUAAAAUCAGAGUGGACAAACAUCAAAGAGAAACUGUUAAACUGCUACAGAAUCUAUUCGAUCAAAUUAAAAACUAUAACCCAAUGCCAUCGAAUGAAUCUGACAAUGGAAAUCUUUCAAAAUGGUUUUCAAUGUUGACAUCUACAAAACCAACGAUUGAUCCACACAAGAAUGAAAUUAAAGGUGUCUAUUUGUAUGGUGAUGUCGGUUGUGGAAAAUCAUUCCUAAUGGAUCUAUUCUAUGAUUCCGUACCAAUAAAUAAAAAGAAAAGAAUACAUUUCCAUCAUUUUAUGUUGGAUGUUCAUAAAAGAAUUCACAAGUGGAGACAAAAUAAAUCGGAAAAUGAAAACGAUCCAAUUCCACCACUCUCAAAGGAGUUGACUAGCGAAGCAUGGUUGUUGUGCUUUGACGAAUUUCAAGUCACAGAUGUAUCGGAUGCCAUGAUCUUGAAACGUCUAUUCUCGUGUAUGUUUGAUAAUGGUGCCAUUCUCGUAACUACAUCCAACAGACAACCAAACGAUCUCUACAAGAAUGGACUCAAUCGUCAGCUGUUCGUUCCAUUCAUUCAUUUCCUAGAGUCAAAAUGUUUAGUUUACAAUUUAAAUUCUGGAUUAGAUUAUAGAUUAUCUGGAACCAGAACUAAAAAAGUAUUUUUAAGAGUUGACACAUGGCGAACCGGUGGAGAACUCAGAGUCACUGAACAAGGUGAAAUGAUUUCUGCGCAUUACAGACAGCCUGGAAUGGCUGUGAGAACCAUCGAAGUGUAUACAACUGCCACUCUGAAACAAACAACAAUACUUCUACAAUCUUCUCCACUCAACAAUCGGAUUUUCUAUCGUAUGUCAAGAAAGUUUAAAUAG